AUGUCGACUGGCCCAUUACGGAGAACUGUGGCAAUUGCUGUAGAUUCUAGCGACUACAGUGAACAGGCAUUUGACUGUGAGUAUUUUUAAUAUUGUUUGUGUUCGGCAAACUACCGGUUGUUUGUAAUUUUGCUAAGUGCCUUGCUACUCCAUUUGGUGACCGGUCGUUUCGCCCACGAGUAGUUUUGCUAACGUCCCAUUCGCUGACGUCUUAUGUCGUUCCGCUUAAGAAGCGAAAUGAGCGCUGCGAAUGUAUAUACUUCGUUCCCUCAGCCAUGAUACAAGAAAGUGAGAUACGCAUGCAUAUACCUCGUUCUUUCUGCCACUGAUUAGAGGAAAUCAGUACAGGGAACAGACCUAAAACGUAGGCGAAGCGGCUUAAGACGCUGGCGAAAAGAACAUUGGCGAAACGACUCUUAGGCGGAACGACCGUAAACCGAAAAUUUAAGGAUAUUUACACUGUAUCGGACAUACACGUGUCGGUCCAAUAGACCUACCGUCCAUAGGCACAGCAUCCUUUUAGCGUUUGAAUUUAUCCCAGUGUGUAACCAUAAAAACAAAUGCCAUCCCCAGCUUUCUUUUUAUCAAAACAGAGCUUUGAGUUUUUAAACUCACUUUUAUUGAAUCGUGAGUUUGGACAUGCAACAUGAAAUUAAUAACGUCAAUCGAUAACAACCUUAAAAAAUUAGACACAGUCCCCGCAGUAGAGCAACUUAAGUGCGUUUGUAAUCGGCAAACGUAGUUCGCGAGGUAAGUCCUUUUUGUAAUUAAAAUUUUAACUAUCCCGUGUGGCAGAGGAUUAUGUCGAUUUCGUGACUUUGAGACUCUUUCGUAAUAUUUAUUAUGAUAUCUGAUACUUGAACGAGAAGAUGUGCAUAUCAGUCUUGAAAAGAACCAGGAACACUGAAAAGUCUCUUGAAAAGAACCAGAACCUGUGGAGAGGAUGUUUCUAAAGCGGGAAAAGGGCAUGGGGAACAGGGAAAUGAAAAAUGGUAACAAAACCUAACCUCCCACAAGCACAUUCAUAAGAGGAUGCGCACAUACCUGCUUUGUUUCCAUUUUUCAUUUUCCCGUACGUUCCCCGCUCCACGUUCUCCGUUUUAGUAAUAUCCAUUUAAAGAGGUUUCUGGAAGCAACCGGCACAGUUCAUGUAAGGCAUUUUACAUUAUAUUUUUGUUUCCUUACUAAAAAGCUCCAAUUUAAUUUUCCAUUUUUCCCACUAAAAUGCUCAAUCUCCCCCAAAAUGUCACUAAAAUGCUCGGACCGGCUCAUUAUACAAAGUAUGAGUAGUAAUUUAAACUUCCGCGGGUUUUAACGCUAACAAAAACGUAUAUGCGGUAUAUUAACAACAACUUAUACAACUAACUUAUAGAAACAAACGUUCCCUCAGAAGUGAAUCGAUUAUUCCUUUAGUGAUAUUGUCAAGUUUUCCUCACUCGAUUUGUUUAAUUUUUUUCACUUCUUCAUUCUUUUUUGUUCUGUCUGUAAGCUAAUCUCUCUCUUAAAGCCAUUCAGUUAGCUACUGGGUCGUCCAGUAACGAGCUUAACAAAUACCAACUCAGUAAUCCUGGCAGUUAGUUUUUCGGGCAGAUAGGCAUGAAAGGACUGGCUCGUCCUGAGUGGUCCCGUAGCCGCCAUAUUGGAGAACGAGAAGACCCUGGGACGAGUCAAAGUGCCGGGGGCGAUCCACCUCUUUUAAAGUGUAGUUGGGGGGCGGAGGAGCGGAGGGGGUGGGGUAGUGGGCUUUAGAAAUGGUUUACCAGGUGCCGACUCAAUAUUUUUUAAUACAGUUACAACUCAUCAAUUUUUCGCGUGUUUCAUUCUCUUCAAAGUUUGCCCGUUCUUUCCUUGCGGCUGUUUAGAACCUUUCUUUAGUCAUUGUUGAACGGAGCCAUUUUUUAACCUUCGAGCUGCCGUUAAGGACCUUUUCCUGCUGCGAUGGCUGCAGUAUUAACCAGCAGAAGUUUGCAGAUCGGGGCGAUUUCAUUCACCAUGCUCCGCUGAAAGUUAUUCAUGUUGUCUUCGAGUUUAAUUUGUUUCAAGAAAUCGUAGCUCCGUACCUUGGUAGAAAAGACUCCAUUGUUGUAUAUAUUACAUCACCUGGCUGUUGAAUACGCAGAAGUCUACGACUGAGUGCAGUUUUAUAAAGGCUUACCACUGAUGAUAUAGGAUCGAAACGGACCAAUCAUAUAAGUUUGGAUGCGUCGGCGAGGCCCGCCAGACGAAAAUUCUUAUUCCAUCAAAGAUUCCUUGUUGAAAAAGUGUAGUUCUUAAUUUUAUUAAUUUUUUUCUUCAAAAAGUGGGGGAAACCUGCCCCUCCAGCCCCUCCCCCUGCGCGGGCCCUGAAUGCAGCCUUUAGCCUCUCGGUCAAGCAUGGCCAUACCGUAGUUAAGAAAGUGGAAUGGUUAUAAAGCCCGACAGAGUUCUUUGUUAUAUGUUUGUGUUAGCUCAUUAGACUUGACAGUGCACGCUCAAUAGCGUUCCUAUCAUUUUGAACUUACUGACCAAAGGAAACAUCGCAUUAAUUCAUGCCGUCACAAUUUGUGAACAAAAAACAAAGGAUUGUGCUCGGUCAAGGAGCUUCCAACAUAAACUACAGCACCGCUGUUUUCAUCUUUGAUGUUUGCUGGCUUUCAUAACCAGUGUCCUCUACUAAACCACUGUUGGUCUUACUAACGAUAGAAGAAAAGAGACCCUGGGGCAGAGUUGAGUUAUGCAGUUGCGUAAGACGGUCGCCAUUUUCAGUACCAACAACUACCAACAUCAUUACGGUGGUUAUCACAUAUUGCUUUCAUCAGUUGUCAUCCAUUAUAUCCAUGCCGCUAUCAUAAUCAUCAGCACCGCUCCCAUCACCAUCACCAACAUAGUUCAUUUCUGUCCCUCUUAUUGUGCCGCUGCUUGUAUGAGAGUAACAAAUGGAGAGGACAAGACUUGUAACAGUAUUACGAAGAUAACCACACCACCACUGGCUGCGAAAGGCGCGAUUCAUACGUAACCAUGGGAACAGUGAUCUUGAAAAUAACAUGUUACCUUGUUAUACGAAAUAAACGCUCGAUGAAAUCAUAAGGUAUUCGAAAUUAACGCGAUUUAAAUUUAAGUGGCAAAUGACUUUCAAAUGAAGAAAAUUAGAAGGAGGGUAACAAUUCAAAAUGAAAGAAAUUAACCUGACGCUCACAAAGAAAGAGAACUUCUUGACACAACAGAAACAAAGUUAAACAUAUAAUCUGAGAAAUGAAAACUUUUUUCGUGGUACUUUCCCUAAACGUAAGAAGGGGGUCAAGCGAGGAAAUGUGCUGACCACUUCGAGGGUUCUUCAUAGUUUCUCUGUUGCUGGCGGAUCUCCACCCGGAUAAAAUACUCCCCUUUCUUAGGUGUCAAGAAUGUCUGAAGUGUAUCCAACACACCAAUGGAAAUUGAGGUCGCACUUAAUAUACGGCGCGGAAAUUAGUGUUUCAAGAAAUUAUCGCUACUCAAAUUAACGCGAAUGUUUGAAGUAUCGUCAUGUUUUGCGCGAAAAAAUUGAAAUAUGUCAUUUUCACGAGUUACCAUCUUUUUUAAAGGGUAUAAGGAACAUGUCUAUCAUGAGGGAGACCAACUGGUUCUUAUUCACUCGCACGAGCUGCAAUCGCCGGUCUUGUUAGGUAGGUAUUUAAGUAAGAUCUCCAAAACAUUUUUUACAUAGCAAGUCAUAAAGGCGACAGAAACUUUCGUUCUCAAACCUUUCCUGCUAGUUUUUAAGAACAUGUCUUGGUUCAAACUGGUUUCUUUUGCAUAGCUAGCCAUGCCUUGAUUAACGUUAUCUAGAAAAAAAAAACAUUUAAAAUCCGCCUUGUACGUGUAAAUGGGAGUGUUUCUGCCCCUUAUGUUAAUAGGUAUUCGAUCUAACUCCGCCCCGUUUAACUGCAGGCGCCAGUUAAUUGUUAGAAAGGUGGAUCGAUAGCGCUAUUAACUGGAUAAAUCACUAUCCUCUGCAGCGCAAUUGGUUGCCCUAAUACUUAUCCGAUGCAUAGUGAUUUAUCCGAUGGAUAGCGCUAUCCAUCUUUUCAACAACCAGGGCGGCCAGGAUUUUAAGCUGGCGGGUAUUUUAUGUCCAUUUGAAUGUAACGAAAAAAGUGUAAAAGAUCAUUACAGGUCAUGAUUGUUGUGCUGACUGUUGUUUAACUCUUCCAGAAACGAUAGCAACAGAAGGAUGGAAGCACGAAGUCGAGAAACAUGAUCAGUUCAUUAAAGAUCUGGGGAAGAAAUAUAGACGCAAAUGUAAGCCAUUGAAGGUAAGUAAGCUUGUAAGAAAUAUACGCGAGAGUUUAAUGCCACAUUUACACGGCAUCGAACGAAUUUUCGACCGGCGGAAAAUUUUGACCAGACAUUUCGUUCACAUGUCAAAACUGUUCAAUAUUUUCGGGCUUUCAAUCCACACGGAACUGACUGUAACUAUUGUCAGACGUUUUACCAUCUACUCUGUGCUAGCAGGGAAUCGAAUAGAUUGCUACUUAUGUAAAUCCAAAACGGCGUCUUCCAGCUUAGUUACCACGAAUCCACGCAGCCACGCCUUUGCCGUAAAAAAAAUUAGACCAUUACCAAGGGGUUCACAUCGCGCCGGUCUAAUUAUCGACCGUCCCGGAUAUAAUGUGACCUCAAUUUUGACUUUCAAAUUCAGUUUUAAACGUCUAGGCGCCAAAUUUGGUCAUAUGGUUAAGGUGGUUCAGCGUGAAAGGAAGAAAUAAACGAACGAAUUUUUUUGUCGAAAAUUCAUUCGGUGCUGUGUGAACUUCGCCCAAGUACAAAUACAUUGAUAAAGUGGAAAGAGUCUGCUCUAAUUGCACACACGGAACGAGUACAUUUAAUGUAAUAUUAAAUUAUGCUCUGAAGCACACGUUUCAACUCCGUGGUAUGGCCAGUACCUUAUGCAUAUGCACAACCGUAUCACCUCGGCAGUGGCAGUCAUGGCCCUUAUUGGGGCUCAAAAAGGAUGGCAUAGCUGUCGGUUUAAUGAGCGGGAGAAACGGCGUAUCAAAGACCCUUUACUCCCGUGGCGCGUGCAAAGCAAACUGGUUUAAGCGCCAGCUCCACUGUAGACAAGUGGUGGCUGUUGGUUGGGAAACGCAAAACAAUUCUCCCAUGGCAUGCGUAUGGAGAUGGGAUCAGAAAAAGAGACUGGACUAUUCGAACGGUCCAAAAAGAAUUUUCGAAACACAGAUAUAAAGCAACAGGGCUGAGAACAGGAAAGCACAUGCGUAAUUUUGGGUUCGCAACUCAAAUCGCAAGCACGCCCGUGCAAGCAGUUGUAAAAUUCCCCGCUUAACUUGAAACUCGUGCAUGACAAAAAGAAAACUUAACGCACAGCACUGUAUGGUUUUAGACACUCGUCUUGAGAAGGCUGUACGCUAGUUCACAACCAUGCUUAUUGUUCUCUCCAAAGAUAGAGGCAAAGAUUAUUGUUGAGCCUGGCCCCCCUGGACAAGUUAUAUGUAGGGUUGCUUUGGAGCAAGAUGCAACCCUUAUUGUGAUGGGUUGCCGUGGAGAGGGAACCGUCCGUCGUACUAUAUUGGGAAGUGUCAGCGACUAUGUUAUUCACCAUACUCAUAUUCCGGUGUUAGUGGUACCUAGAGAACAGGAUAAACCCUCCUGAAGACUUGAAUAUUAGAAGAGUAGGAGCUGGCAGGAGGAAAAUGGAACGAAAAUGAGGGAGUGUCUAUGGAAUUUUUUACUUAAUCAUAACGCGCGCGCACUAGUAAAAUAACUAUGAAAGGAGGUGAAUGGCCUGACAUUUGAAAGGGGCCUUGGUAUGAAGAGCUAUUUCGCUGAGUGUAAAUGUUGAAUUGUGAAUGCUUUGCUUUUAAUGUGAAUGCAACUAGCUUCUCCUACCUAGUUUACGGGCACUCGAUCCACUCAGAUCCACUCAAAUGACACCAAAUAUCUUAAACACAACGCGAUUAAAAUCCUCAACAGGAAGCAACCAGCAUGAACCAGUGGGGUAUUUACUAGCGUUGUGGAGGAUUUAAUCUCGGGGCAACCAGGACAUAAAUCCAGAAAAUCACGUCAGAUGGGGACUUGAGCGCGGCACUUCCAAAAUUGCGAGUCCGACGCGCCGAUCUGACCACUUACCCAAGCUGCAGCUUUUAUGGGCGUGAUCUGUUGGUGGCUAGUGAAUUCAACAGCAGAUCGCCCAAUUGAAAGGAAUCCGAAUUUCUGAAUCCAGGAAAAUUUUUAUUGUGGAAUCGGAAUCUUGGGCUUUGGAAUAGAGAAUACAGCUCAAGGAAUACGGAAUCCCACUAACGAAUCCAGAAUCCAAGGUCCACUGACAAAGAGCCGGAAUCCAGCACCUGGAAUCCGCAAUCCAGAUUCCAAGACUGUCUUGGAUUCUUUUACAUGUGGAGAAGCAGAGUUACAGCCUACAAUAUUGUCGCUUUGACUACCAUUUUGACUUUUUUGAUGAGCGCUGGUUUCAUAAUAAAUUUGUAUACCUUUAUAUAUCUAUGUAGUAUUAAAUAAAUUGUCUUUGAGAAGCUGUUGAAUGUGUGAUCGUGAAAACGUUUGGUGCAUGGGCAAUAGUUUCUUAGGUACGGUAGUUUUGCCAUUACUCAGCCGUUUCGUGACUUGUUAUGUCAUCAUUCUGUUCCAAUAUUGACCGUCUUCCCUUCGAAAAAUAAAACAAUUUCAAGGAAUUCAAGAUUUGGCGACAAAACGUUGACUGUUAGGCGUACAAACUAAAUUAAGUAGCUAUAAACAAUGAGCUGAGGAGCACAUUCAACACCCUUUAAUUUGGCGUUUAUAUAAGAAAAAGAAUUAACAAAGCGUGACUGGCGGAAAAACGUGACUAGGGAAAUUAUAAGCUUGAACCUUUGUGCCCUACAGCGCCCCAGACAGCUACAGGAAUUUCGGCCGUCUUCGUGCUGAAAACCAUGUCUCACAGAACUAUAGCAAUUGCUGUGGAUCCCAGUGAAUAUAGCGAAAAAGCAUUUGACUGUAAGUAUAAAAACAUAAUCUUUACGAUUCUGAUGAUGAGAAAUAGUAUUUUUGUCUUUUUUACUAUGUAUUGAUCCUGUAUUGGUUGAUUUCAGAGCUGCGGUUACCGGUUGACCUCAAUUUAUUUUCGUUCAGUUUAGCUUAGCUUGUUACUUUAGUAGUAUCUUAAAGUUUUUGCCAUUUGUUUAGGAAAAAAUAAUUGGUAAUGCAUCAGUGCAUUUUUUGAUUGGUUCGCGAUAAACAAUUAUUCAGGUAGAUUCAGCGAUGUGCAGCUAAUUUGAGCCCACGGGUCAUUGAAAACACAAACUCGAUUUCAGGAGUUUUAAACUCACGAAUCAUCCAACAGAUCCAAGAAAUAGAAAUCAAAGGAGAUAUUUGUAUCAGUAGAAACAUGGACAUCACAAACACACUACUGUGUCAUUAAAACUUAACGGAUGUGGAGUUUUUUUAGGGAGGAGUGAGUAUAAGGAAAGUGAUGAAACUUAAGUCUCGUACGUGAGCGAGCGGGACUGCGAUGCUAAUCGGAGUAUGCACUUUCAUCAGUGUCUUUCGCUCGAAGUUCAUUAACUGUCUUCUGUAUGAUUGUACCUGUGGUUAAUUGUAUUAGGUCAAGAAUAAACAACAACAACAACAGCUAUUUCGCAUGCAUUUCAUAUGCGUUAAGAUAUCGUUUACCAGUCGCAGUACAAUUUUGUCUAUGCAGGGUUUAUGUCAAAUAUUUACCAUGAAGGAGAUAAAUUGGUGAUCAUACAUUCGCAUGAGCUGCACCCACCCGUUAUGCCUCGUAAGUACAAGUCUUUACGUUAACUCUACAGAAGUGAUAAGUAAUUUGGUUUGGAGAUUGGAUCAAACUCACUUUGGCAACUAUUUCGAUUCUCAUUCGGAAGGGACCUGGCCCGGCUAAUUGACAAAAUUCCCUCCGCGAGCUCCAAUCCCUGGUUCUUUUAUAUAACACUCUUUGACUGCAAGGGUGCCCUUUUCGUAUGAAAUACCCUCCUUCAUGAAAUGUCGUAACCCGCGUUUCACAUACUUACAGUGUACCUAAGAACACCGCAGUACCUAUAGUUUAUUAUCACCCCGCUGCGCUAUCACUAAGAUUUUAAGUUGCCGGGUAAAUAUACCAUAAAAUAGGCGGGGAAUCAAACAGCUAGGGAUUUCUUUUGGUUCUUUUUUUUCUUCUGUUUUCCUAUGAAAGUAGCCGGGGGCCACGCUCAUAGUAGCCAGGGGAACUCCCUGGCUCCGGGCUCUUAAUUAUGACAGCCCCGCCCCGGAAUGAAAUUAAUGAAAGAUAUUUGAAGGAGAACAUAGUAAAUUAUUAAACUAAGGUGAGUCUGUUUGAAACAUUUUAACUUAAGGUCCUUUUAAAUGACUAAAUGAAGGAUUUCCUUACCCUUUUAUAAUACUUCAACUCGGGUGAAAUCUCUACACUUUCAUAUACCUGAAGCCUGGAAAUGUAUUCCUUUCAGGAGGAGCCUUUCCAUAUCGGCCACUUUAGCUGGGAGGGAGUACCCCUACCCCAGGGGCGAAAAGGACACCCGGCUGUGCCUUGAUCUAAGAUAAUAGCUUGCGUACUGAGGUGGGUGUAGGGAGGGAGGGAGGGAGGGUAACUGUAUCUGUAUAUGCAUGGCGGCGGCAGAUCAAUGAUCAAGAUUCGUCUAUGGAAGCAGUAACGAAGAGCUUAUUGUUGGGAUCUUGGGAGUUUGUCUUCUGUUAAAAAUUCAUUUAUCUCCUGGUCUUCUACAGCAGUCUCCCACGAAGCCGUUCUUUUUAAAUAUUAUUAUGCGUUGAGUGACGAGACAGAAACUAAGAGGAAGACUGAGCGUUCUAGUUCUUUCCUUCACUGAACUUCUCGUGACUUAAGUUCCACCCAUGCAAACCAACAGCUAUAAAACAAACUCCUUUUCUCGGAUUAUUUUAGGUGCCACCAAACGGAACUUCUAAAUAUUGUCGGGGGGAGAGUUGGGGAUCUAAGCUCUGGAGAAUAUAAGAAUGUUGACAUAUGCGUCUCUGUUUAGACAUGAUUCUCACAGACGAGUGGACACGUGAAGUUGCCAAACAUGAAAAAGCUAUUAAUGAACUCGAGAGGAGAUAUGAGGAAAAGUGCAAAGCCUUAAAGGUUUGUUUUGUACCAUUCAUUAUACGGCUACAAUAGUACGCGCGCUCUGAUUGGCUGCUAAGCGGGUUGCUAAGGAGGUAUUAUUUAAUUUCUUGCAUGUAUGACCGGGCAUUACUAGCCAGGUGUCCAUGGCAUAUACAAUCUGUGUUUAACUUGAUAGCGGACAUCCUAUAAAUAUCCAUGUUAUGGUCAAUUGACAGCAGUCAAAAAAGUAUCCGCUGACCAGUUUCACAUGACUGUAUCGCUGUAUCGUUGGCUCAAGUGUUCAACUCAUGGAGGUGACGUGUUCUUAAAGUUAUCCGCUUUUAAUUUUUUUCAGGAUCAGGUCCAUGAUGAAAAUAACUUAUUAACCUCGUCUGUUCGGUCAUUACAGGGAGAUCUCAGACCGAAGCCUUGAUGUAUUGACCUCGCUAUCGCUCGUUCAAUACACUCCACAUCAAGGCUUCAAUCUGAGAUUUCCCUGUAAUGACCGAACGGACGAAGUUAAUAAGUGGUAUGUAAUGAAACAAAAAUAAUCAAAUGUAUUAUUAAUUAUAAAUAUAUGGCUCUUGCAUCACCAUACCUAAAACAGCAACUAAGUAUAUAUUUAGUAAAAAUAUACACAAUAAUAAAAUUUCUCUAAAAUCUGUUUCAUCAAAAAUUAAACAAUAUUAGAAUCCACCGUCACCGCAAAGUCUGGCAGGAGCCAAAACCCCACAGGAUGUGCAACUCCUAUACUCAGCCUAUGCAACAGUGUUUUCACGGAUCAAGUUAUUUUAGCAUCAUUUUAAGCACUUUUCCCCACGAAAAUGGAAGCACCGUUCCGUAUGCGUACGUGUCCAUAAUAUGAAAAUUACAAAAAGAAGAGGUCAGUGCUGUCAAAACAUUAAAAGUACUUUUUUCUAGUCUCCGGUUUUUAAUUACUGAUUUGGAAGACUUAUUUGAUAUUCAAAAUUCGCGGGAAAAUUGAUAAAAAUAGGCUGGUCUGUGAAAACGCCGCCUUAGCUCCCUCGGGGAUAUGGUCUCCUUUAAGGUUGAUUGGUCUUUCUUGUUUCCUAGCUAUCAGCCAAGAUUAUUGUGACCGAUGGACCACCAGGAGAGAUCAUCUGUAAACAAGCAAAAGAACAGGGAGCUUCAUUUAUUGUUGUUGGGAGCCGAGGGACGGGAACUAUUCGUCGCACCAUAUUAGGAAGUGUUAGUGACUACGUCUUGCAUCACGCUCACAUGCCGGUGGUGGUGGUACCGAAGUCCGCUGUCUGAAUCAGACCUACACUCCCCCCACCCCUGAUCCAUCAGACAGAGAAAAAGAGAAUGCCAGGCACUUGCAGCUUAACAUUUGUUCUCGUUUAUUUUACGGAAUAAAAUUUAUUUCUUUUAUUCUUACACGAUUGAAAGAACUGUAUAUUUUGCAACCUCGUCUCCAGGGCCUUCUCGUUAUCCAACAUGGCGGCGACAGGAGAGAAGACCCUGGGACACAGCGAACUAAAACUAUCGCUGAUUGGUGCUUUUCAUACAUGGACUUUGAUUGGUUAAAUCUCCAAAAAAAAAAUGGUGGCUCUUGGCGGGUUCUUCGUAACCUUGUCCCCUGGCCCUUCUCCUUUUUGCAAUGGGGACGAGGUUGCCAUCCAGUUAUUCCCCUUUCCGUCUAACCUGCGUGCAGAAACGUGCAACAAGGGAAACAAGAGACGUCUGCACCCAGGCUACCUUUUUCUACCUUUCAUUUGGUAAAUAUGCUAAUCUACCCUGGCCUUCCCUGGCUCUGUGCACCGACCUGACAUAAUCCCCCAAAGAAGGACGGAUUUGUCGGAAAACUCACCUCACUUUUAUUCUCUGUUGUUUUGUUAUUUCAACCUAGUUGACUCGACGAGGUUGGCUUGACCCUUGACCCUACCCCGUUCUAGUUGUACCACUGAAUCUCAGUAAUCGGCUUCUGACGAGGCCAGUCUCGUCUCCAGAGCCUUCCUUACCCCUCUCCAGUAGUGGAAGGGGCAACAGUGGUGCUGACCAAAAGGAUCGUUCGUUCCUGGGGUCUCUCAAUUCCCGCCCCGUCUUUUUACACGUGAUUCUUCAACCUCGUCCCCAGGGCGCUUUUCCCCCACCUCCAUAGCCAGGAAAAGCGCCCUGGGGACGAGGUUGGUGAUUUCUAGGCUCUUAGGGACUAGUCGUUAUUUAUCUCCUGGCGAGGGUGGGGGGAGGUAGGGGAUUUUUUUGUAAUACAGCUGAUUCCCCCUUUUAAAUGUUAGUUCACUGUACUGAUCCCCACUUCGUAACUCUUGCUAACUUACGUGAUCUCCAAGCCCCCCCCCGCCCCUUACAAAGUUUUCGCACCCAUAUUCCCCUUUUACCAGGGCGAGCCUGGUCCAUUCACGGCUUAUCCCUCCUUAAUGCCCGAUUAUUUAUUUAUUUAUAUUUUUAUCAACUAGCCACAUGAGCAGCUUCGACGAAGGAACGAGAAAAAGUGAGACCCUGGGAAAGCGAUUCCAAGGCGGUUGCCGGGCACCCUUCACCCCCACCCCUCUGUUAACUUUAAACCACCAGGAGCCUGACUCCUGAAACCACUGAAAAAGUAUAACAUGUCUUGCUAGUUACCGGUAGCGACCGGAUCGAAAAAUUCUUGUUCAAAACAAGCUGACAUGAGGUCUGUCAUCCCAGAACACCCGGAAAUUUAGACGUGCGUGAAAAGUAUCACGCAUUCUGCCACGCUUCGAAGAUGGCUUGGUGUUCCCCUGUUGGUUUAUAGUGAGUCGACUAAAAACAGGGACCAGUCGUUAUUUAUCUCCUGGCGAGGGUGGGGGGAGGUAGGGGAUUUUUUUGUAAUACAACUGAUUCCCCCUUUUUAAAUGUUAGUUCACUGUACUGAUCCCCACUUCGUAACUCUUGCUAACUUACGUGAUCUCCACGCCCCCCCAAUUCCACCACAAAGUUUUCGCACCCAUAUUCACCUUUACCAGGGCGAGCCUGGUCCCUUCACGGCUUAUCCCUCCCUAAUGCCCGAUUAUUUAUUUAUUUAUAUUUUUAUCAACUAGCCACAUGAGUUGCUCCGACGAAGGAACGAGAAAAAGUGAGACCCUGGGAACGCGAUUCCAAGGCGGUUGCCGGGCACCCUUCACCCCCACCCCUCUGUUAACUUUAAACCACCAGGAGCCUGACUCCCGAAACCACUGAAAAAGUAUAACAUGUCUUGCUACUUACCGGCAGCGACCUGAUCGAAAAACUCUUGUUCAAAACAAGCUGACAUGAGGUCUGUCAUCCCAGAACACCCGGAAAUUUAGACGUGCGUGAAAAGUGUCACGCAUUCUGCCACGCUUCGAUGAUGGCCUGGUGUUCCCCUAUUGGUUCAUAGUGGGUCGACUAAAAAUACGUGCGUACGGUCCACGAUCGCGCAUUUUCAGUGUGGCCAUCUGGUGAAAGCUGAAAGCAUGGCAGAAGCAGAAAGCAGAGUUGUUGUUAUCGCCGUCGAUGCAAGCGACCACGCCGAGAAAGCGUUUAAUUGUAAGUAGGAAAGAGUAAAAGCCGUUUUUUAAUGUGUUCACCAUGAAAUAACCCAUGAGACGCUUUAUUCUAUGAGGUGUGAACUAAGCUUCCCGAAAUCCGUUUGUGUGCAUGAAAGCAGACUGCAUUUCGAUGCAGGCAAACAUGCAUGAUUUUUCAUCAAGAUAUUUGCAUUAAAUCACUUCACCAAAUUUAUCGGCUUCCCUCUGUAAAAGGAAGUAUCGAAUAGGCUCGUGUUCGUAAAGGGGUUCGAUCGCCGCUCCCUCGUCCGUGAUAGCACGGAGCUAUAGUAAUUUUAUUACGCUCAUGAAUAAGCUUUUUCAAAACGACAACGCAGUAAAAAUGAUUUUAAUACUUGUUUAUUCGUCGAAAUAGAAUACAAUUUCGAAAACCACAUAAAUCGACUUAAUCGACUUCUCAAGUACAAGAGAAGGUAAUGAAUCCGCGCGUCAAUUUUAACGCUUCGAUUGUUUGUUUCGCCGCGCCAAACAAAAGCUUCGAAAUAUGGAAAAUUAAAGGUAGCUUUAUAAAUUAUUGACCUCAACAAUGAUCAUGUUUACUGCUGUUAUUAAAAAUUAGUGCUUUUUCGAUGUGGGAUUUUCUGCGUCAGCGCACGUCAUGUGUUUCCGUGACAGGCCUCAGUAGCUGCAGGCAAUAAGUUAUUAUUGAAUUCAACAGAGCAUCCAACGAAUAGACUGAUCGAAUGUGUGAACAUUUUCUCACAAAACAUCCGUUAGGUCGAUGUUAUUUUGUAAUUGCCGAAUAUUUGGUGGCCGACGACUAGAACUUAGUUGUUUUCGUACUUGUUUAAGUGGUAGGAUGGUUUAAUGGCACAGUACGUUGUUUAUUGAAUUAUUUGUAGACUUCUCUCCGGGGGGUACACAGGAGUUAAAAUGACGGGGAUCAGGAUUAAAGGAGUUUUUUUGGCUUUGAAAUUUCUUUUUUGUAGUAAGUAUUUCUUUGGGUGCCUUGAUUUGAGCAGGUUUUUUUUAAAUAUUUAAAACAAUGUGAAGAAGGGUGUAGUACUCUGCAAGUUUGCUCGCUGGGUAGUUCUGCCUAAAAAAGUACAACCAAACGUGUUUUGGGGUCCUUGAAAUUUUAAUGUAUUCUGGUUAUACACAUGUAGAUUAUGGGAAUGGAAUAAUUUGGGAGUUAAUGUUUGGUCCAGAGGGUUUUUGAGGUUUCAUUAGAAGCCUUAGGGUUUUUUGGGGGGGAGGGGGUGGGGGUUGAUUGUUGACCUCUUUUGAUUCAUCCAUAUCAUUUUAAGUCCAAAAUACCCCCAGGGGACCACUCUAGUCAGAGGUAUGGUUUAUAUUCUUCCAUUUGGGAGGGAGGUGGCCAUUGGCGAAAGCAGGAUAUUGUCAGCUCGACAAAUCACAGCCAAUUUACAUGCUAUCUACAAUGUAUUGUGCUGGGUUUUUUUGUAUCAAGUAAAUGCGAAAUACAGUCCUCAAAUCCAAUUUUCAAACUUAUGUUUAAGGCGAAAUGCUCGAAUGUAUAGGAAAUGUGCUGAUGUAAGAAUGCUUAAAAUUUUCAAAGACAGGCUUGCUCUAGCUAGCUAACAGUGCCCUGGGCCUAACUUUUGCUCCCGAGCGACUAGAAUAUCUUACUUUUUUAAUACAAAUCAUAUGCUGGGUACCCUGGAUUCCACAGGUUCAGGGCACUGGGCUCCCUGCAAUUUUUCUUAGAGCACAGCCUAUACAAAAUGUCUUGAGUAAUUCUUAACAUCAAUUUGUCCACUUUGUUCUUCAUUUUCUUUACAAACAAACAUGAGGCUAUUUAAAAGGAGAAUCUGUCAGUUUAUUACAUAUCACUUUGGGCUUUUUUCCAUGCUGACACCCCCUGAUUUGGUGUUACUGUAAAAUUCUGAAAAUAAGCCCCUCCAUGUAGAAGCCGCUCCAAAUAUAAGCCCCCCAAAAUCGUAAUGCAAAAAACCCUCCGUUAAAUCGCCCCUCCAAAAAUAUGCCCCCCUGGGGCUUGUAUUUGGAAAAUUACCCUCAAAUAAAAAGUAAAACAAAGCAAAAACGGUAAAUUUACUUGCAACUAUAAGGCUAUCCCAAUCAAUUUCGAAAUGCAAAUUUCCCUCCAUAGAUAAGCCCCCUCCGAAUAUAAGCCCCUCCAAAAAUAAGCCCCUCAAAAAGGGCCUUUGAAAAAUAUAAGCCCCACAAUACAGACAUACAUGUAACAAAAACUGUAAACAUGCAUGCUCUCUCUAGAGAGCUAUUAUUGUCUUUGACUGUCAUCUACAUUUUAAAUUAUCAAUUGCUAAUGAAAGCCACUCUUACAAUGACUUGUGUAUGUACUUCACUUUUCAUAUCAGGGUAUAAAGACCAAGUAUACCGUAAAGGAGACAAGUUAGUUGUUGUUCAUUCUCAUGAACUGCAUCCACCCGCUUUGCCUCGUAAGUACAGCAUAAUAUGUUGCAUUACUUUUUCUCUUGCUUAAUGUUAUGAAUACAGUCGAACCUCCAAGUGGGACAACCUCGUGUAAGCAACCAGUCCUCGCAUAAGUGACCAAAACACCAAAAUUUUUCCGGUCAAAGCCUUAUAGCUGGAACUUUUUAUAAACGACCACCUCUUGUAAGCGACUGUGACCGCUUCUUAGGAUGACAGUUUUAGAAUUUUCUAUUGUUUUAUAACCUCUUCUAAGUGAAGUAUGUACUAUGCUACUCAAUAGUAUGAGAAGAACUUUUAGAAACAACAUGGAUUUUCAUAAUUUAUAUUGUAACCUAAAAUUGCAUGCACUACACUCUACAAAAAGUUAAUAUGUGCGGACUUUUCCUUGUAAAAGAGCUCCUGCAGUUUGACUCUCGUAAGCUACCACCUCCCACUAAUUCUUCGCAUUUUGGGUGGUCGCUUAUGGGAGGUUCGACUUAAUGUUAUCACAAAAGGUAAGCGUACCAAGUGGCCUUGACAAACCAAUAAUUUUCUUUCUCUUUAGAUGCCAUGGCAACAGAGGAGUGGAAGAAGGAAGUUCAGAAGCAUGAGCAGUACAUUAAAGACUUGGAAGAGAAAUAUAAAGCCAAAUGUGAAGCUAUGGAGGUAACUACUCUAGACUGGUGCAUGGUGAUUAGGGUUUAACUUUUUCUCUCCCAAAUUUGGCCAAAGUACCCUGGCUCCAGAGGCCCACUCUCGAAAUACCUAGGAUGAAAUAAGCUGUGCUUACGAUUUGAAAAAAAAGCCUCUGGCACCCAGGGUAUGGCCAAAGUAAAAGUUCAAGAAAAUUCAACAUUUAACAGUAAUUUUGUAAAAUGCUGAAAAACAAAUAGCAUUAUGUGCAGGGGAAGAUCAAGAAAAUUCAGACAGUGAGAAGGGGUUGGGGGGCACACCUGGACACUUGCCAGCUAUAUAGAUACUUAUAGUUAUUUUACUGAGAAUUGAAUACUGACAAAACUUUACGGAAAAAGGGGGGCUGUUCCCAUGGCCCAUCCUUAAAUCUGCCCACAAUGUGAAAGUAUUUCCCAAGAAGUUGAGUGAUCACACCAGAAACCACCUCACAAGACUCUGUCAUUCAAUCUGAGAGCCAAAGAGUGAAAGAGUUUAACUGGUUUUCACUUGACACAUAAGCUGUUGGUAAUGUUUUUGAUGGUUAAGUAGGGCUUGUUACCCAAUAUGGCAGGACAUAAUUAUUAAUUUAUGCUCCCAACCACUUAUAGCAUAAUUUCUUUGAAACUGUCACCGCAGGUCUCAGCCAAGAUAAUUAUUCAGGGUGGGAAUCCAGGAGAACAUGUUUGCAAAAUUGCCGAGAAAGAGCAUGCAACAUUGAUUGUCUGUGGAAGCCGUGGAAUGGGCACUGUCCGUCGCACCAUAUUAGGAAGCACAAGUGAUUACAUCAUACAUCACGCACACUGCCCGUGUUUGGUUGUUCCUAAGGACAAGCAUUCUAAGUAGUGUUACAAUAAAACAGCUUAAGAAUGCUUUGGGGCUGGGUCAAGGUGUCUAAAACUCAAAACCAGGAACUACUGCAGUUGCUAGGCUUAAUUAGAAUUUCUGCUUUUUUAUUUAACGAGUACUAUUCCUUAAAACUUCUUCGUGUUUUCUCUCUCCUUCUGUUCUUUGUGUGUUUUGUAACAGGUUUGGAGUUUUCUUCAAUCUUCACUCAUAGCCCGGAACUUAAAGCUCGCUAGGCGCUAUAAUGCCAUAUCAUGUUUAUUCAGUAUCAGAGGAGUGAGGGUAACUAAGAGGAUCAAAUUCAAAUAAACCACGAUUUGAAUAUCGAUUCAAAGUCUUUGUUCUUGUAAAUCUCAGUCCAAUCUUGAUAUACUAAUGAACAACUUGCAAUGAUUCGUGGAGAUGGGCCUUCCUCGGUUGAAAAAGAUUCAAACUUGGACCCUUUGGUCAGGUUAUGAUAUGCUGCAACAUUGUUUAAUCACCAAAGCACACUGGAAAACCCCUGAACAGCAUUGUUGCACUUGUUCUGAUUAGAAUUUUGUAUCCGGCCCAGGUGGGUUGUCGAAGGCUGGGUAGCCUGUUACAGCUGCACAGGUCGCGGUAUGCAAAGACUAAAGAAAAAUUUGUACGGGUUGGAAGAAGAGGGUUGGGCAUCUUCUCUUUCAAUCUCAUUCCCAGAGACUGCGUUCAUUUUGGACAUCUUAUCAACCUUAUUCUUGGGGGGUUGAACUCCAAAUCAUGUUGAGUGCUUGAUCUUGA